AUGCCACCAUAUGUUAUUGUCUCUGAGCUCCUGCUCAUCAGGCUGGUAUGCGGUCUUGUCGGAUAUGUGCUCUGGCGCCUCUGGCGUUUCACCGUCCACCCUUUGCUCCAGCCAAACUUGCCAAGGGAACUUCCAUAUACGAUCCCAUUCAUCGGUAAGGACCUGCGGCCGUCUCAAACCAUUCAGAGCACUGACAGCCUAAGGCCAUGCAAUUUCCCUGCUACGGAACCCGCACGGUUUAAUAUCGUCUACCAUGACGCGCUAGAGGUCCUGAGAGACCGUCCCGAAGUAAUAAACACAGAGCAUAUCAAAGACCUCCUUCAUGGUCUCGGCUGCUCCAAACCUGGGAUUUUGGAGAUUGACAGCCAUCAGCGUGGCAACAUUUCCGUACCAGACAGCAAAGCUGCACUCACGAACCGUCCGCCACUUUUUAAGGUGGCCGAAGGGCUCUUGUCGAAGCAACUCCUUGAUCGGAGUCUUGGAAACGACCUCUUAGCUAGAACUUUGGAAGUUCUCGAGACUCAGGGAAUUCCGCAAGUCUCAUUGAUGAUCAUGUCCAGGUGGACCAAUGACCUCUGGAAGCUCCUGUUUAAGGUCCCGGAGCCAUUUGCGAGAGACGUUUACACCGCGAGAACUAGGGUACAACGCUGCCUGCAAGAAUUCUUGCGCUUGCCCGAGUCCGAAAAGAGUGACCAGAGCUGGGCGAUCGAAGCCGCAGUAGCGGAGAUGAGAAGCCGCGGGAUGAGCGAAGCAGAUACGGCUUCUUAUUUGCUCGUAGUCUUCUGGGCCAUAAACGCAAACACUUUCAAAAUUAUCUUUUGGCUGAUCGCGCACAUCAUCUCGAACCCGACAAUACUCACAGCGGUUACUACCGAAAUAUCUUCCAUUCUCUCAGACUGGCCGUCCAACGAAUCCCUCUCUUCCCUCUCAAUCCGUCUAGAGCGGAACACCCUUCUCGAAGCUCUCCAUAACGAAGCCCACCGACUCGCACUCAACACCAGCUCCGCGCGAACAAUGAAGCAAGACGUAAACAUCAACGGCCGCAUCUUCACAUCCGGCACACAUGCCGUUAUCCCAUACCGCUACCUCGCCAUGCGUCAUCCGCUCCUCUCGCAGGAUUGGGAUGCCUUCCAGCCAGAGCGGUUCCUUUCUAACCCUGGGUUGGGCCAGAGUAAGAGUUUUCUUCCAUUUGGCGGUGGAAAGCAUAAAUGCAUGGGACGGUUCUUGAGCCGGAGGCUAGUGCUGACUUUUACCUCGCUUUUUCUUCAUCGGUUUAAGGUCCGGCCGUUGGAUGGGGUACCCAAGAUGGGCUUCCGGCCAGUCUCCUCGGGACCGGCGAGUCCUGUGGAUGACAUGAGGCUGGUCAUUUCCCACAAAGAGUACUAG